AUGAACCCUCAGGGCUCCAUUUACAACAAGGACGAUGCCGAGAACCACCCUCUGAUUUCGCGAAACGCCAAUGACCAGCGUCCAUCUGAAGGGUGGUUGAGAAACCCGGUGUGGAUUGAUGAUGGAGUCAACCCGCCUUGCUUUUAUCACUCUCAUCAGGAGGUCAACGAUGCCCUCGUCGCCGCUGGUGUAACCCCGGGUAUCCAGUAUGAUCAAUAUGCUGCAAGAGUCACUCCGACACCUGUUGCUACUGAACCACCUGUGCCCCUCACACCUUCUCUAAUCAACUUGACAAACAACCACUAUAGGACAGGGGUUGAUAGCACUGCACCUGCUUCAAAGGGCCACCUUAUCAAUGUCACCCUCAUGUACUCCAGCACGACAGCCGCGCCUACUGGAUGGGGAAAGGCUGUCCCAAAGAAAUGCAAGAAUACAAAGAUGGACAUGAUCUUACUGGAUUCAAUCACAUGUGUUGACUUUGUCAAGGCAAUUUUGGGGGUCCACGGCAUUUCCGACAAGUUUGCCCCAGGUGUACACUCAGGCCCCGACUUUAAAAUGUGGUGGAACGGUGCUGUCGGCAGCAAGGGUGGCACCCCCUCUAUUCAGAAUGACCAUCAGUUUAGUGUUGCCCUUGGAGCUCUUCUCAAAAAAGACAAAAGCAAGCUUCCUCCUUCCAUCUCAGAUGCACCAACGGUGGGUGGUGACAAAGAAUUGGCAUACGGCACUCGGGUUCCAUGUAUUGACAACUUUAGCAAGCUUUCCCAACUACAUGGCAAAUUCAUAAUCGACCUCGAAGACGUGGUCUUCUCAAAACUUGGGCUGCAGCUAUGGUACAUCUGUCUAUUUCAUUUGCCCUUCUUCAAGUCUGACAUUGGUGAAGGCUGCCGGAGAUGCAACCAAGCAUGA